AACCUUUGUAGAGUCUAAGAUCUACUUGAUUAAUUAUCAUUUGUGUAGUUAAUGAUCUUUACUUACUUUAGUGAUCUUCGAGAUUCUUGUGGUCAUGUGCACAAAAAUAUAAAAAGUGCAGGAAGCAUAGCUUUAUCUGCAGAACUCAUUAGCACUACAGACUAGAUAUGGCGACCAGAUUAUAUGAACUACUACCAUUCUUCUAUUUUGUUCAGUUAUCAUUUGGUCAGAUCUCAUUCAUGGGUCCAGCAGAAACAUUGGAGACUCUACCAACAAGUCUGGGUGGUCUACAGGUAUUAACAAUUAUUGAUAUCAAUUUGCUACCAUUGACACUACAUCAAGAGAAUUAUACCUCAACAUGGACUCUACCUAAUGGGGAAAUGGUAUCUAUGGAAAAUCAAAGUCCAAACACAAAUAUUUUAGUCAUACAAGGACGAAUUUCUAUAAAUGCUACUACAAAUGGGCCGAGCACAUCUCUACUGGUUCAAGGCCUGUCCUACACUGAUGCUGGUGUGUACAGAUGUAGUGUACAGGACGACCGCAACCCAGGCUCUCCACCAAUAGAGGCAACAAUAGAGCUACGGCUGACACUAACACUAACUGCUAUAAACUCAAGUGUGACAGUAAUGGACAAUGCUUCAUUUGCGGAGCUAAGAUGUGAUAUGAGUGACUACAUUCGAUCUGAUGAGCAACUGCAAUGGUUCAGAGAUGGAGAAAUGAUAACCUCAGGACAGGCUAGACGACAUAUCACUUUCAUAAAUGGAAACGCCAAUCAAGGACAGUUUGGAGGUCUUUCAACCCAAUCAUCGAGAGUUUCGAUGCUCACAAUCUCAAAUCCUGUUUCAAGUGAUACUGGAGUAUACAAUUGCCAUGUGAUAGGGACCACAGAAAAUGUUGAUAUUGAGCUACUUAUUCAAAGCUCAGCUAUGCCAAUAUUGUCCAUUGCACUAGGUGGAACAAUUGGUGGACUAUUACUACUAAUUAGUCUUCUUAUAGUUGUGAUCAUAGUGUGUGUGGUAAAGACGAAGAGUCUGAAGCAGAAGCAACAAAAUAAUCAUACUGAUGAUCCUAUGUACGACUACCCAGAUGAGCUUCCACAACAUCCACUACCACAACCCAGGACCAAUGAUCAUGAGAUUCAAAUGACAACAGAUAAUGAUUCACCUGACCACAACUAUGAGACAACAAUGAACACUACCAACCCAGCAUAUGGUCUAACACUAUCAGCAAGUGCAGGCAUCUCUGUUUAUACCAAUAUUGCCUAUGGCAUGGUUAAUGACAUUCCUAUUACAGCUACUAAUUCAGCUCAGCAACAAGAUGAAACACCUCCUGCUACCAACCCAACCUUUGAAGAUGGGAUGCAAUAUGAUCAUGAGUUGGCUAAUUGUCCAUCUGUUGCUCACCCAUCAUACAAACAGGAAGUGUAUGAUCCUAGCUGUUGAGUGCACCUUACGUAUUUGUAUCUUUACCGUUGAAUACCACAACAUAAUGUAUACUCCUGUUAUGACUCAGAACAACAUUGUUGUUACAAUUAGGUGCAAAUACAUGUUGAAAUCAUAAAAUCAUUUACAGAAAUUGUAACCAUAGUAAAGAAGUGUUAAGAGAGUAUAUAACAGUUGUGUUCAAUUAUGAGUCACUGGGAUGCUUACCAACCUCAUUCCAUCAAUAUCAGCUGCAAAACAAACAGACAAUAAUGAUGCACAUCUCUUACCAUUGAAAAGUUUCCCUCCUUUGUAGAGGUCACAACAGAGAGACAGACUGCAGCAAUCCCCUACCACACUCACCAGACCUGACAUCACAGCCCGCUGUGUAAUGGAGUUCGUGUUAACAGGCAUGACAGCUACAACCAAAUAACAUACCUGACAGUUGAGAUCUCAUUCAUUGGUCCAAGAGAAAUAGUGGAGACAAUACCAAAAAAUCAGAAUGGCAUACAGGCAUUAAUAAUUCUCGAUUUCAGUAUGCUACCAGUGACACUACAACGUGAAAAUUAUACCUCAACAUGGACUCUACCUAAUGGGGAAAUGGUAUCUGAGGAAAAUCAAAGCCUAAAUCCACUGAUUUUUGUCUUUGAAGGACUGAUUGAAGUAAAUGCUACAGUUGUACCAAGCACAACUCUAGUGGUUUUUGGCCUGUCCUACACUGAUGCUGGUGUGUACAGAUGUAGUGUACAGGACGACCGCAACCCAGGCUCUCCACCAAUAGAAGGAACAAUAGAGCUAAGGCUGAUAUUAACACUAACUGCUAUAAACUCAAGCGUGACAAUAUUGGACAAUGCUUCAUUUGUGGAACUAAGAUGUGAUAUGAGUGACUACAUUCGACCUGAUGAUCAACUGCAAUGGUUCAGAAAUGGAGAAAUGAUAACCUCAGGACAGGCUAGACGACAAAUCACUUUCAUGAAUGGAACUGGACAAGGACAGCUUGGAGGUUUUUCAACCCAAUCAUUGAGAAUUUCGAUGCUCACAAUUUCAAAUCCUGUUUUAAGUGAUACUGGAACGUACAAUUGCCGUGUGAUGGGGACCACAGAAUCUGUUGACAUUGAACUAAUUUUACAGAUCUCAGCUAUGCCAACCAAUACAUCGCCAGAAACUCCAAUAUUGACCAUUGCACUAGGUGUAACGAUUGGUGGACUAGUACUACUACUUAUUCUCAGUGUGAUUAGUACAGUUUGUGUAGCAAAGAGGAAGAGUCUGAAGCAGCACCGUCAGCAAAAUAACAGCACUAAUGACCGAACAUACGACUACCCAGAUGAGCUUCCACCACCUCCACUAUCACAGGCUGAAACCAACGAUCAUGAGAUUCAAGAUAAUGAUUCACCCGACCACAACUAUGAGACAACAAUGAACACUACCAACCCAGCAUACGGUCUAACACUAUCAACAAGUGCAGGCAUCUCUGUUGAUACCAAUAUUGCCUAUGGUAUAAUCACAAACUCAGCUCAGCAAGAAUAUGAAGUACCUCUAAUGGAGCUACCAACCCAACCAUUGUGAACAUACAAUUGUCCAUCUGAACUAUAUUGAGACAUUAAAUUAAUCCGAGUGUGUAUACCAUAUUUUUACUGAAUACCUACAUGCACUACAUAUGUAAUAUAUAUAUACUAGUCUUGUACGGUACUACUUGUAUAAGCAAAGAUUAGGAUAU